GUUCUCCGCUUCGGAAAGGGCACCGUCUUUGACUGAUUAAUAGGUCGUCUGCUGGAUACUUGGGACUGGAAAAGAGACAGAGACAGAGAGAGUUUUCAACAGGGAGAGGGAGAUGAGCUCGUGGAUCUAUAUUUGUUCUUUAGCUCUGCUAUUUGCUGCAGUACCUUUGGGUACCACAAAAGAGCAACUGAGCUCGAGGGAGUGCGAGGAUCUGGGUUUUACGGGGCUUGCUCUUUGCUCUGAUUGCAAUACUUUGGCUGAGUAUAUCAAGGACCCAGAUUUGGUAUCAGAUUGUUUGAAGUGUUGCACUGAGGAUUCGGAUGAUUCAAUGAGCAAGAUUACCUAUUCCGGUGCUGUACUGGAGGUCUGCAUGAGGAAACUUGUUUUCUAUCCUGAAAUUGUGGGCUUCAUUGAAUAAGAGAAGGAUCGAUUCCCUUCAGUUAAAGUUCAAUAUGUCUUCAAUUCUCCACCAAAGCUGAUGAUGCUUGAUGAUGCUGGCCAACACAAGGAAACUAUAAGGAUCGACAACUGGAAACGCGAACAUGUACUGCAAUUCCUUAGAGAGAAGGUUAAGCCAACUUCAGCAAAUUGAGUGGUUUAUCUUUGUUCUCUGUUUGUACUCCAAUUUGUAUCUUAAUUAUUACAAAUGUGUGGGCUUCUUUUCGCAAAAUUUAAUGAAAAAGUAUACCAUAAGAAUGCUAACACUUGUGAGUUCCAUGAAUCAAUUAGUUUCCGUGAAGAUUCAACAAA